UUGCCGCCAAACUCAACCCAACCCUCUCAUUCUCAUCUCUCCCAUUUUUCUUUCAUUCUUCUCAGACUCUCUACUUUUCUCUUUUUCACUCCUCUUCGCGCUUCUCUGUGCAGCCAUGAAGGACCUCGAUUUCGAUUCAGAUAAAACACUCGCGAAAGAGUUCCUUUCAAAUUUCGCAGAUGUCAAUGGCGAGGCCAAAUACAUGAACAUCCUUCAAGAAGUCGCCAAUCGCAAAAUCCGAGCUGUUGAGAUUGAUCUCGAGGACUUGUUUAAUUAUAAGGACUUGGAUGAAGAAUUUCUCAGAAGGGUUACCGAAAAUACUCGCCGGUACAUUGGAAUUUUCGCAGACGCAAUUGAUGAGCUUAUGCCGGAGCCGACAGAGGGUUUUCCAGAUGAUGAUCACGACAUAUUGAUGACACAAAGGUCUGAUGAUGGACCGGAGAACGUUGACGGUUCAGAUCCUCAUCAGAAGAUGCCUCCCGAAAUCAAGCGCUAUUAUGAAGUUUACAUAAAAGCAUCUUCCAAAGUAAAGCCUUUUACCAUUAGGGAGGUCAAGGCCUCGUACAUUGGUCAGCUAGUGAAGAUAUCUGGCAUUGUGAUCCGUUGUUCAGAUGUUAAGCCAUUGAUGCAGGUUGCUGUGUAUACAUGUGAAGAAUGUGGUUUCGAAAUUUACCAGGAAGUCACUGCUCGAAUUUUUAUGCCCAUAUUUCAAUGCCCAUCCAAGCGUUGUGACAUAAAUCGAACAAAAGGGAAUCUUAUCCUUCAACUCAGAGCAUCCAAGUUUUUGAAAUUUCAAGAGGCCAAAAUUCAAGAACUGGCUGAACACGUUCCAAAAGGUCAUAUUCCUAGAACGAUGACUGUUCACCUUAGAGGAGAACUCACAAGAAAGGUGACUCCGGGUGAUGUUGUUGAAUUAUCUGGGAUAUUUCUUCCUAUUCCUUACACUGGUUUCAAAGCAAUGCGAGCUGGUUUAGUUGCAGAUACCUACUUGGAAGCCAUGUCGAUUACACAUUUCAAGAAAAAAUAUGAAGAGUAUGACCUUAAAGAUGAUGAAGAAGAGCAAAUUGCACGUUUAGCUGAGGAUGGUGAUAUAUAUAACAAGUUGGCACGAUCCUUGGCACCUGAAAUAUUUGGACAUGAAGAUAUUAAGAAGGCUUUGCUUCUUCUUCUUGUGGGUGCUCCUCACAGGAAGCUGAAAGAUGGGAUGAAGAUUAGAGGAGAUUUACAUAUCUGUUUAAUGGGGGAUCCUGGAGUUGCAAAAAGUCAGCUUCUUAAGCAUAUUAUUAAUGUAGCUCCCAGGGGAGUGUAUACAACUGGAAAAGGAAGCAGCGGAGUUGGUUUAACUGCUGCUGUCAUGAAAGAUUCAGUCACGAAUGAGAUGGUUCUUGAAGGAGGAGCAUUGGUGCUAGCUGAUAUGGGUAUAUGUGCUAUUGACGAGUUUGACAAGAUGGAUGAAUCAGAUCGUACAGCCAUUCAUGAAGUUAUGGAGCAACAAACUGUUAGCAUUGCCAAGGCUGGGAUUACUACAUCCCUGAAUGCAAGAACUGCUGUUCUUGCUGCUGCCAAUCCAGCAUGGGGAAGAUAUGACCUGCGGAGGAGUCCCGCCGAAAAUAUCAAUCUUCCCCCAGCCCUUUUAUCAAGAUUUGAUCUCCUGUGGUUGAUUCUUGAUAGAGCUGAUAUGGAUAGUGAUCUUGAGCUGGCUAGGCAUGUUGUUUAUGUCCACCAGAACAGGGAAUCUCCAUCGCUUGGUUUCACUCCACUUGACUCAUCUGUGCUUCGUGCAUAUAUUUCUGCUGCAAGAAGAUUGUCUCCUUCUGUUCCAAAGGAGCUUGAGGAGUACAUUGCUAGUGCCUACACUGCUAUUAGGCAAGAAGAAGCAAAAUCAGACACCCCACAUUCUUACACAACUGUGAGAACACUGCUCAGCAUUCUCCGGAUAUCAGCUGCACUAGCGAGACUCCGAUUCUCUGAAACAGUUGCUCAAAGUGAUGUGGACGAGGCACUUAGGUUAAUGCAGAUGUCGAAAUUCUCAUUAUACUCUGAAGAUCGUCAAAAGUCUGGUCUUGAUGCUAUCUCUGAUAUCUAUUCAAUUCUUCGAGAUGAAGCUGCCAGGAGUCACAAAAUGGAUGUUAGCUAUGCUCAUGCACUUAACUGGAUUUCUAGAAAGGGUUACAGUGAAGCCCAGCUGAAAGAAUGCUUGGAGGAAUAUGCAGCCCUGAAUGUGUGGCAGAUACAUCCUCACACUUUUGACAUUCGAUUUAUUGAUGCUUGAUGUCUCUCUCUUUAUUAUAACAGUUGAAAAUGUUCACAUUUUUCUUUCUAGUUUGUAAGAGAUGUAUUUUAAUUAUUUAGUUUAGAUUUUUUGGUC